AUGUAUUCGGACAACGGGACAACAUUCGUCGGAGCGGACCGAGAACUGACCGUCGCGUACCGGUCAGCAGUACGAAAUCCGAAUUUCUUGAACCUGACGGCCUCCGAUAAAGUAUCGUGGAAUUUUAUUCCCCCUUCUGCCCCGCACUUCGGCGGAUUGUGGGAGGCGGGCGUACGGAGCGUCAAAACACAUCUACGCCGAGUGUUAAGGAAUCAUAUGCUAACAUUCGAAGAAUUCUCGACGUUAUUAUGCAAAAUCGAGGAACCAUCACUGCUCGAUCUCAACGAAAAUCGUCUUUCGAGGUGGCAACUAGUCCGACAUGUCACUGAACGGUUUUGGAAAUUAUGGAGUAACGACUAUGUAAAUACUUUACAACAAAGAGCAAAAUGGCGAAAGGUCAAACCACCGAUUAAACCCGGGCAAUUUCUUCUAUUGCGUAAUCCGCUGUUACUCCCCUGCAAGUGGGAGUUUGGCCGAGUGACGCGUUGUCACCCCGGCUCCGACGGAUUCGCACGGGUCGUCACCGUAAAGACGGCCACAUCCGAAUUCAAAAGACCGAUUGUCAAACUGUGCGUACUACCGGUCAAUAAUGAGGCGACGAGCAAUUAG